AUGCCGGGCUGCCGCAUCAGCGCCUGUGGCCCAGGGGCCCAGGAAGGGACGGCAGAACCGGGGUCCCCCCCGCCGCCACCCCGGGAGUCCCUGCCGUCCCUCCAGCCCCCGCCCCCAUCGCCGACCUCGACCCCGACACCCACUCAGUCACUGCCCUCGCCCGAGGCGGCGGAGACACCGGCCGAGGGGCAGGAGCUGCAGCGCUGGCGUCAGGGUGCUAGUGGGGGUCCGGGGGGCGCUAGCCCGGCCGGAGUUGCGGGCGGGGGUGCGGGUGCAGCGGCAGGGGCGGGGGGCCGCGCUCUGGAGCUGGCCGAAGCGCGGCGGCGACUGCUGGAAGUGGAGGGCCGCCGGCGCCUGGUGUCGGAGCUGGAGAGCCGGGUGCUGCAGCUGCACCGAGUCUUCUUGGCUGCCGAGCUGCGCCUGGCGCACCGCGCCGAGAGCCUGAGUCGCCUGAGCGGUGGCGUGGCCCAGGCCGAGCUCUACCUGGCGGCGCACGGGUCGCGUCUCAAGAAGGGUGCGCGCCGCGGCCGCCGGGGUCGUCCCCCCGCGCUACUGGCCUCGGCGCUGGGCCUGGGGAGCUGCGUGCCCUGGGGUGCCGGGCGGCUGCGGCGCGGCCACUGCCCCGAGCCCGACUCGCCCUUUCGCCGCAGCCCGCCCCGCGGCCCCGCCUCCCCGCAGCGCUGA